AUGUCAUUUCCUGACAGACCUGUCGCCCACUUGCUGGGCUCGAAUGGCCCCGUCCAUGCUGUUACAUACUCUUCGUCUCCCGGUACCUACAUCCUCACCGGCUCCGCAGACCGCACCAUCCGCCUGUACAACCCAGCAACCCAGGACGCCCAACCCCGCUACACCUCCAACCUCACCACCAGAACCGCUCCUCGCGUGCCCGAGGGCCGCAUGAUCCAGAGCUAUGCCUCACAUGGCUAUGAAGUACUUGACCUAGCCGUCGCGGCGGACAACGAGCGCUUCGCCUCCUGCGGCGGCGACCGCGCCGUCUUCCUGUGGGACGUCGCAUCCGCCACGACCCUGCGCCGCUUCGGCGGCAACGUCCACGGCCACUCCUCGCGCAUCAACUGCGUCGCGUUCGGCGGGGACGGGGACUCGCUUGUCAUCUCGGCGGGCUUCGACACCAGCGUGCGGGUCUGGGACUGCAAAUCCAACUCUGCGAAGCCGGUGCAGGUGAUGGACGAGGCCAAGGACUCCGUCACGGCGCUUGUCGUCAGAGACGCAGAGAUUGUCGCGGGCAGCGUUGACGGGCGGGUUAGGAGCUACGACGUGAGGAUGGGGAAGUGCAUUACUGAUACUAUGGGGGCGAGUGUCACGAGUUUGAAGCUCACGCGCGAUGGCAAGGCGAUGCUGGUGGGCUCGCUCGAUAGCAAGAUCCGGCUGAUGGAUCGGGACAGCGGUAGCUGCUUGAAGACUUAUGAGGAUGCUGGAUGGAAGAACGAAGAGCUGCGUGUGCAGAGCGUCCUCGGAGGGAAGGAGAAGUAUGUGAUAGCUGGAGACGAGUUGACUGCCGGUACUGGGCCGGCAGGAUUAAACGGGGAGGGCAAGAUUUGGACCUGGGAUUUGUUGACCGGCAAGCUUGUCGCGACAGUCAAGGUCCCAUGGCCCGAAGGCUAUGAACCCAAAAAGAAAGUGCUUGGGAAGGACGGAAGGGAGAAGGAGAGGAGCAAUGUCAUUAGUUGCAUGGCCUGGCGAGAUGACGGAUGGGGAGACCAGUUCUGUGUCGGCGGCACGUCUGGCGUCGCGACUGUUUUUGGCUCGUUAUAA